AUGAGCAUUAUUUUGCGAGUUGGUGCUGUUAAGUCCAGCAGAGUUCACGAGGCACACUAUGGCAGUGGCGAUGAGGCAUCAUCAUACACCGAUGCCGAUGUGCUGGACAUUCCAUUGCCUGAACACACAUACCAGAGACCCCAUCCACCACCCAGCACACUUGCUCACAGCAAUGUCGGAUAUUUUGGCCUUCCUUACCAGGAUCACAACUAUGGCAUGCCUCCACCACCAUCACCACCUCGACCAGUCUCACCACGACCAUCGUCUCCACUGCAAGUCAACGGGGUUGUGCAAAUGGAAGAGGAGGUCAAGACAACACCAUUUGUGUCGGUUGUGGAAGAGGUUGUGGAAGACAGCAUCACCAGAUGCAUCUGUGGUUAUCUUCACGAUGAUGGCUAUAUGAUUUGUUGUGAUAGAUGCAGUGUGUGGCAGCACAUUGACUGCAUGGGAGUUGAUCGCAACAACAUUCCAGAGAGCUACUUCUGUGAACUGUGUCAGCCCAGACAAUUGGAUGCAUUGAAGGCGAAAAUGCUGCAGAAGAGAAAGAGGGAAGAGUUGGCUGCACGGAAUGUUUUGUCAGAUUCCAGUGCCACUGACACAGAUCCAGAAGAAGCUGCUAAUGCACUUGCUGCCAUGGGAAAGAAGCUGCCGACUUGCAAGAGAAAGAAUCUGAAACAUAAGCGUAGCCCAAAAGUUAAAGACAGACAAUCACCACUUAAACUUAAAAUAGGGAAAGGCAUCACACACAAGAAAGUUAAAAAAGCAGGCAAAAAAGAGAAAGAAAAUAUCAAAGUUUCUAAGCCAAGAAAGAUAUUUAAGUCAGGGCCACAGAGGCUGAAGCAAGGAACAAGUAAAAAUAGGCCAUUUCUAACCAUGGAACAACUUAGUGGGGAUCCAUGGAAUAGUAAUUUGAGCCCCUGGGUGGACAGUUAUGAAGUUGCACAUGAGAAUCAGUACAGUGCUGCUGUUAGAGAACUGUCAUCCAACUCUCACCUCAUUGGGCAGUCAUUAGAUACACCAUCCAUCAUCAUGGAUCAGCUUCUGGCUCAGGUUGCUUGUGUGGCUGACGUGAAGAAGAACAGAAAAGGCUUGAGAGCUGUCCAAGAGAUUCCUGCAGGCCAGGCAAUUAUUGAGUACAAGGGCAGAGUUGUGUUGCGUCAUGACUAUGACAAGGAGCAUGCUUUCGUUAACUCUUUCAAAAAAUUACAACCGUUUGUUCUCUUUUAUUCAAAACUUGAUGUUGAUCUUUGUGUUGAUGCUCGAAUGUACGGCAAUGAUGCCAGAUUUGUCAGAAGGUCGUGCAGUCCAAAUUCAGAGGUGCAGCAUGCGUUCUCACAAGGAAAUGUUUAUUUUGUUAUUGUUUCAAGAAGAGACAUUAUAGCUGGUUCAGAAAUCACCAUUCCUUUUGAUUACAACUAUGAAAACUGUUGUUACUAUGUUGAAUGUGCCUGUACCAAGAGCAGUUGUAUGGUGUCCAGAUUUUGGAAGCGACUCAAGAAUGCACAGAAGUCACCACCUGCAGAAAUGGGUGUGAAACGAAAGCGACAGCCAUCCGGGAAAGAGACCUGCAAGAUCAAUCUAGAGGAUAAAUUAAACUGCAGCUCUUCUCAGGGAAGCCCUACUAAAGCUUCCAUGUCUCCAGUUAAAGCCUUGCAAAUGAAGCUGACGCCACCUGUGGCCAGCAGUCCUCUUUCUUCUCUCAGCAGCCCCAUCAAACUGUCCAAUGUCUGCACACUGCUGGCAGCGUCAGCGUUGCUCGAUGGUCAACCAGAACUGGCCACUAGCCUGAAGCUUGAAGUCCCAGAAUUAUUGCCGCAAACCCCAGUACUUCAGCUGCCACCUAAGUCAGCCACAGCAUCGAGGAGGGGCAGCAGACUAUCUGAGGAUUCUAUCAAGGAAGAAAAACCAGUUGUUGCUCCAAUUGUGCCAGUGAAAGAAAAACAUAAAACUAAAGAGCCUAAGCCAAAAGACAAGGAAAACAAAGAUGCCCAUCCUCUCAACGUUGAGAUCAAGAAAGAGAGGCGCCCUUCUUUGAGGAGACACAGUCAAGAGGAUCUGCAGGAUAUUGUGGACGUGAAGCCUGAACCAUUGGCUUCACCUGUGCAUGAUUCAGAAGACGCACACUCAUCCUCAGAGUGUCCUCGCAAACUGACUAGAGAAGAGAGAAAACUGGAUGCUAUUAUGAAAGCCUUUGAAAAGAUGGAAAAAAGAGAAGAACGAAGAAAGGAGGCAAUGGCUCGUGGAGACUGUGCUGCAAAGAAAUGUCACGCAGAUCACAAAGUAAGAAAGCAUGAAUGCGACGGCGGUAUGAAUUGUGCAGCAGCCAGCAGCUCCCACACAACAUCCCAAGACAGCUCUCCUGAUGCAGUGGACUUUGUGAAGACAGAACCCUCGGUCAAUGAUCAUCAGGAGAUAAAACCGUCAGAAGCUGCAAGUGAGGUCAAACCUGAGAGUGCCGCAAGUGUCGUCAGCCCUGACGCUGGUAGCAAACAGUGUGUUGGAACAGCCUUCCCAUUACUGACGUUACCAGCUCUACCAGAGACCACCCCAGCUGCUGCUAAAAUAGAAUCUCCUCAGAAACCAGUGAGAAAAUCGGAUAAAAGAAAGAGAAGGAAGAGUAGAGUGCAGAGUACAACGGCCAUCCCAGACGCAGCAUCAGUGUCCACGGAUGAAGGAAACAGCAACAGCAAUUUUCCAAUUGGACCUUUGUCAGUGCCGGCCACGCCAUGUCUGAUUCCCGUGAACACUAGUAGUGUACAGCAUGUUGACAUGGAGGAUGGCCUGUUCAAGUACAUUAAAACAAAAAAGCAUCUUUUUGAGGAGUGGGCUAGCAGGCAUGAAGAUGAGAGCAAGCGUGAAGAAGAGAUAUUUGUGCAGUGCCUGCCAAACUCACAUGUCAAUACAAUGGACCAUCUACAACGGAGGCACUCUCACAGCGUCAGCUGUAGUAGUAGGAACACAGAAUCAAGUGCUGGCUCUGCUAAAAAGCGUUGGCUGCGGCAGGCCAUGCAUGAAGUACCGCCCCCUAUUGCAUUUAACAGUAGCCUUUCAGUAAGCACAGAAUAUGGUGGAUUGUCUCCUGUACAUGGUGGGGCUAGUCCGAAUCCUGGCACUUGCUUAGGGAGCCCUGGAACAUCUUCACCUCUUGAUUUUGUGACCCCACUGAAAAAGCGCAGACUUAUGAGGGAGUCGGUGAGUAAUGAGCCAAGUAAUGGUCUUGCAUCAUCAGCCAGCUCCAGGGUAUUGGCUGACAGCUUCACACCAGACAGUCUCAGCAUUACCACAAAGACAAACGGUGUGAAGCAGUUCUUUCCAGCUCACAGGCAUAGCACCGAUGAU